AUGGAGCAUCAACGUUGUUAUGUGUACGAGCCAUCAGAGUCAGAUGAGCGACCUGCAAAGCGUCAACGCAAAAGCACAUACGACCCGCACGCUCAAUUGUCUGAACGACUCAAAGUCUACCACAAUCUAUGGACCCAACAAGAGCAGCGAAUCCAUCGCCAGGACACAUUAGAGGGAGCGGAUAGCGCAACCCAGGAAAAUAUUGUCAACUUCAUCACGAAAUCGUCCGGCUCUUCAGAUGACACAAAAUCUGCUAUUCCCACAGCUCUCGUAAUCGCAGGCCCCAGCAUCGCAUCCCAUGGUCCUUUUUUCGACCGCCUGGGUCGAAAGAUUAAAGAGGAUGCGAACAGCGCGUACGUCUUGCUAACUUCUAGCGAAUGUCCAAAUCUCAAAGCACUGCUUAAGACGCUUAUCAAGAAAGCCACCUCACGCAUUGAGGACGACGAUGAAGAUGAAUCAGAUCGGCCAGUGAUGUCUUCUAGAAAUGGACCCAAGUUGCUUAACUAUGAUCUUGGACACAUCCAAGAAUGGUUGAAGAAGAGCCAGGCAUCGAGCCUUGUUGUUGCUAUUCAGGACAGCGAAGCAUUCGACGCUGCAUUACUUGCUGAUAUGGUCGAUCUUUUCCACUCAUGGCUUGACCGCAUACCAUUCGUUCUGUUAUUCGGCAUAGCUACUUCCGCAGAGAGCUUCGAAGAACGCAUGUCAGGCAACUCAUUACGCUAUCUUGAGGGUGAGAAAUUCGACGUCAUCCAGUCGGAUGAUAUCAUCGAGAAGCUAUUCCGCGCGACCGUGGCAAAUACAGAUACCCGGCUGUGCGUUGGGCCAACUCUGUGUCGUCGUAUGUUGGACCGACAGAAAGAUCACCUGCAAAAUACACAGGACUUUUGCGAUGGACUCAAGUACGCUUACAUGUCGCACUUUUAUGGAAGCUACCCCACAAUCUUCUUGAAUGAAGACUUACCCUUUGAAGACUUUUCUCCAGCGGCUUUUGAAGCUGCUCGCAACUUGCCCUCGUUUCGGAAGCAUGUAGAGUCUGCGCUGGAGACUGGUCAAGUUCAGCAUGUGCGCCAAUUACUCGAAGCAGACGAAUAUCUGUUUGAACAAAUUUCACGACACAAAGCAGUUGGGUUCCAAGCUCUUUCGGCGCUCAGUCAUGCCACUCAAGUGCUUGCGAGUAUACGCGAAGUCCUUCAGAUAUCGCCCAAGGCCCGGUUGUCAACUAUCUGGACUCGCUCAGCAGCAGGAGAAAUCAGCGGCUCACCCCUCUUACGAGAGACUAUGUUGUUGACCAAGAAGGUCUCCUCAGACAAGUUGGUGGAUCUCCUUGCGGUCUUGGAAGAGUUCGUUGGUGACUAUUUUUCGAUUGACCUAGGAUCUUUCAAACAAGAGCUUGAUGUUCUCUUGAAAAACAACGAUACCAAUGCGCCUCUUCGUACGCAGCAUGAUGUUCGUAACGACAGUCUCAGGACCACGGUCGUUGCACAAAAGGUGCUACUAAGUAAACACAAGGCUGCGCUCUCGGAGCAGGACAAAGCAUACUCGGAUCUGGUCGGUCGUUUCUACGAUGCACUUGAACAAUAUUUCUCGGAGUCUUUUAUUGAUCCUCGAACAUUGUUCCUAGCGGAGAUUCUAAUUUACGAUCUAAAGUCACCACACACAGAGGUCUUCCAGGCCAAGCCACGCUUCGCCAUCGAGCGGGCACUUGCCUCCCCCCACGACUAUCUGGGUUGCGAAUGCUGUACUGGAGUUAAUGGGAACGUAGCUGCACUCUCUGCGACUCAGCCUGCGACCGCGAUUGUGUAUCAGAUGUACCUCGAGUCUGGUACAUUAAUGAAUGUGAGCGAUCUGUGGUCUGCAUUCAACGCAAUAGCAGGUGAUGGGGAAGAGGAGAACGAGCCCAGGACGAUGGCUCUCUUCCAGCGAGCACUAGCUGAGCUGAGAUACCUGGGUCUUGUCAAGCCCAGCCGAAAGAAGACCGACCACAUCACAAAGACGAUGUGGAAAGGCUUGUAG